AUGUCUCGGCAGCCCUUAAUCCUCAAUCAUCUAACGCCUCAUAACCAAGUAGAGCUAUCCCCGUCCCCUCCUACAGCACCAAGUGGCGCCUCCUGGACCAUACGGUAUUUCAACCAAGCACCGAACCCGCAGAAGCUGCAAAAGAAACCCCAAAGCCAGAUUUUUACAGGGGAGCUCCCAAUUCAAGGGCAGAACUUUGCGUUUCCAGCACAUCAAGUCAUAUUUAAUGGUGGCGGACACUUCGAUGCGAUAGCGUACCUAGGACGAUUGGGAACGGGAGGUCCAACAACACUCAGGGACGGGACCUCUUCCACUUCGAUAAAGGGUUUCCUGUCAUUUUCAGUGACAUUAAGGGCGGUAAGACAACCGGCACCACCACCCUCAACGGCAGCAAAACCCUCAUCAAAAUUCCCCCCUGGCCACCCUCUUUUCGACCCUGACGCGGACGACCCUGAGGAAAGUCAAGGCCCCCAGUUGACUCCGAGUCAACUAAGCGCUCAGCGAAGGCUCAAUGAACGAGUCAUAGAAUUAAUCAGGAAUCGAGGCCUGGAGCCUCCUGCGCUCCCUUCUAAUCCAUCCCGUCAGGAUCUUUUCGACCAACAAGUGUCACGGUUACUUAGAAAGGCGGGCGUUCCGGAUCUCCCGCCGGGGAUUCCUGAUUCGCUCGUGUACGAGGAGCGGAUCGCAGCAUUGCUCGAAGCGGCUGACAUUCACAACGGCCAAGGUCAAGGUCACAGCCAGGCCGCAACUCCAAGUCACUUUGCAGUCCAGAGUCAUCCUGCUGCUCCAAGCCAAUUUACAGCACAGAGCCACCUUGCAGGUGCAAGCCAUCAAUUAUACUCAGCCGAAGGCUUCGGAGAAGAGGAGAAUGAGGAAGGCUAUGGAGGAUUCGUACAUGAAGAAGAGCCAGAACAUUUUCCAACACACGAGGAGGAAGAAGACGAAGAACACGGCGAGUUUGAAGGUGAAGAUGAAGGAGAAGGCGAAUGGGAGGCGGAAGGGGAGGGGCACUGGCAGGAGUGA